UGCGUGCUCAACGAGAUCCUGGGCACCGAGCGGGACUACGUGGGCACCUUGCGCUUCUUGCAGUCGGCCUUCCUGCAUCGCAUCCGGCAGAAUGCGACGGACUCGGUGGAGAAGGGCCUCACGGAGGAGAAUGUCAAGGUCCUGUUCUCGAACAUCGAAGACAUCCUGGAGGUUCACAAGGACUUCCUGGCUGCCCUGGAGUAUUGUUUACAUCCCGAGCCUCAGUCUCAGCAUGAACUUGGGAAUGUUUUCUUAAAAUUUAAGGACAAGUUCUGUGUGUAUGAGGAGUAUUGCAGCAACCACGAGAAGGCGCUGCGGCUGCUGGUGGAGCUGAACAAGAUACCCACUGUGCGCGCCUUCCUUUUGAGUUGCAUGCUUCUGGGAGGCCGGAAGACCACCGACAUCCCCUUGGAGGGCUACCUGCUGUCUCCCAUCCAGAGGAUCUGCAAAUACCCACUCCUCCUCAAGGAGCUGGCCAAGAGGACCCCCGGCAAGCACCCAGACCACCCCGCGAUCCAGAGCGCCCUGCAGGCCAUGAAGACCGUGUGCUCCAACAUUAAUGAGACCAAAAGGCAGAUGGAGAAGCUGGAGGCGCUGGAGCAGCUGCAGUCGCACAUUGAAGGCUGGGAGGGCUCCAACCUCACCGACAUCUGCACCCAGGUCCUCCUGCAAGGAACUUUGUUGAAAAUCUCUGCGGGCAACAUCCAGGAGAGGGCCUUCUUCCUCUUCGACAACCUCCUUGUCUAUUGCAAGCGGAAAUCCAGAGUUGCCGGGAGCAAGAAGUCCAGCAAACGGACGAAAUCCAUCAACGGCUCCCUGUACAUCUUCAGGGGUCGGAUCAAUACUGAGGUCAUGGAGGUGGAGAACGUGGAAGACGGGACAGCGGAUUACCACAGCAACGGCUACACGGUCACCAACGGCUGGAAGAUCCACAACACAGCCAAGAACAAGUGGUUCGUGUGCAUGGCCAAGACGGCGGAGGAGAAGCAGAAGUGGCUGGACGCCAUCAUCCGCGAGCGGGAGCAGCGCGAGAGCCUGAAGCUGGGCAUGGAGAGGGAUGCCUACGUCAUGAUUUCGGAGAAGGGGGAGAAGCUCUACCACAUGAUGAUGAACAAGAAGGUGAACCUGAUCAAGGACCGCCGGAGGAAGCUGAGCACCGUCCCCAAGUGCUUCUUUGGCAAUGAGUUUGUUGCCUGGCUCCUGGAAAUUGGUGAAAUCAGCAAGACUGAAGAAGGAGUGAACUUGGGCCAAGCUCUGCUGGAGAAUGGUAUUAUCCAUCAUGGUGAGUGGGGCUGGGCACGGGUGGGCCAGGGAGACCGCGAUUACCACCUGAAGACCUACAAGUCCGUGCUGCCUGCGAGCAAGCUAGUGGACUGGCUGCUGGCUCAGGGCGACUGCCAGACGCGGGAGGAGGCGGUGGCGCUCGGCGUGGGCCUGUGUAACAACGGCUUCAUGCACCACGUGCUGGAGAAGAGCGAAUUCAAGGAUGAGUCCCAGUACUUCCGCUUCCACGCAGACGAAGAGAUGGAAGGCACCAGUAGCAAGAACAAACAGCUUCGCAAUGACUUCAAGCUGGUGGAAAACAUUCUGGCCAAGCGCUUGCUGAUUCUGCCUCAGGAGGAGGACUACGGCUUCGACAUCGAGGAGAAGAACAAGGCCGUGGUGGUGAAGUCCGUUCAGAGGGGCUCCCUGGCGGAGAUGGCAGGCCUGCAGGUGGGGAGGAAGAUCUACUCCAUCAACGAGGACCUGGUGUUCCUGCGGCCCUUCUCGGAGGUGGAGUCCAUCCUCAGCCAGUCUUUCUGCUCCCGCCGCCCCCUGCGCCUGCUGGUGGCCACCAAGGCCAAGGAGGUCAUCAAAGUCCCUGACCACCCAGAGGCUUUGUGCUUCCAGAUCCGCGGAGCUGCCCCGCCAUAUGUCUAUGCUGUGGGGAGAGGCUCGGAGGCAGCGGCUGCAGGGCUGUGUGCCGGCCAGUGCAUCCUGAAGGCCAGCGGCAACAACACAGCCAGCGAGGGUGCCCCAGAGGUCCUUGAGCAUUUCCAGGCAUUCCGGAGCCGCCGAGAAGAGGCCCUGGGCCUGUAUCAGUGGGUCUACCAUACCCACGAGGAUGCCCAGGAGGCUCGAGCCAGCCAGGAAGCGCCCGGUGAGGACCCCAGUGGCGAGGGGGUCCGGGAGGAAGCCCGGGAUGCAGCCUUCCCCCUGCUGUCCCUGGGUCCCCAGCUGAGCCUGCAUGAGGACAGCCCCACAGUCAGCUUGACCGUAGACAACGUGCAUCUGGAACAUGGCGUUGUGUAUGAAUACGUGAGCACGGCGGGCGUCAAGUGCCAUGUGCUGGAGAAGAUCGUGGAGCCACGUGGCUGCUUCGGCCUGACUGCCAAGAUACUUGAGGCCUUUGCUGCCGACGACAAUGUCUUUGUGCAGAACUGCGGGCGGCUCAUGGCGCUGAGCAGCAGCAUCAAAACCAUGUCCCACUACGAGUUCCGUAACAUCUGUGACAUCAAGCUGGAGCACAUCGGUCAGAGGAUCGCCUGCUACCAGAAGUUUGCAGCCCAGCUGAAGAGCAGGGUCAGCCCACCCUUCAAACAGGCUCCCCUGGGACCCCAUCCACUGUGUGGCCUGGACUUCUGCCCCACCAAUUGCCACAUCAACCUCAUGGAAGUGUCCUACCCCAAGACCACUCCCUCGGUCGGCAGAUCAUUCAGCAUCCGCUUCGGUCGCAAACCCUCCCUCAUCGGCCUUGACCCAGAGCAAGGCCACCUGAACCCCAAGUCCUAUGCCCAACACUGCAUCACCACCAUGGCUGCCCCUUCGUGGAAGUGCCUGCCUGCUGUGGAUUGUGACACCUUGUGCCAGGGUUCCAGUGACAGCAGCUUUGGGCCAGCCAGUGGAACCCUGGGCCAGGAGGACCGGGGCCUGAGCUUUCUCCUCAAGCAGGAGGACCGGGAGAUCCAGGAUGCCUACCUGCAGCUCUUCACCAAACUGGAUGUGGCCCUAAAAGAGAUGAAGCAGUAUGUCACCCAGAUCAACAGGCUGCUGUCCACCAUCACGGAGCCAACCUCAGGGGGGUCUUGUGACCCACCUUCAGUGGAAGAGGCCUCGUCCCCCCCGCUGGUCAGUGAGGAGAGCGAGAUGGACAGGACUGACCACGGGGGUAUCAAGAAGGUGUGCUUCAAGGUGUCCGAGGAAGAUCAGGAGGACUCAGGCCACGACACCAUGAGCUACCGCGACUCCUACAGCGAGUGUAACAGUAACCGGGACUCGGUCCUUUCCUACACCAGCGUGAGAAGUAACAGCUCCUACCUGGGCAGCGACGAGAUGGGGUCCGGAGACGAGCUGCCCUGCGACAUGCGGAUCCCCUCCGACAAGCAGGACAAGCUCCACGGCUGCCUGGAGCAUCUCUUUAACCAGGUGGAUUCCAUCCAUGCGCUCCUCAAGGGGCCGGUCAUGAGCAGGGCCUUCGAAGAGACCAAGCAUUUCCCCAUGGACCACGGCCUGCAAGAGUUCAAACAGAAGGAAGAGUGCACAAUCCGUGGCCGGAACUUAAUUCAGAUUAGCAUCCAGGAAGACCCCUGGAACCUCCCCAACUCCAUCAAGACCCUGGUGGACAACAUCCAGAGAUAUGUGGAAGAUGGGAAGCACCAGCUGCUGCUGGCCCUGCUGAAAUGCACAGACACGGAGCUGCAGCUGCGGAGGGACGCCAUCUUCUGCCAGGCGCUGGUGGCCGCCGUGUGCACCUUCUCCGAGCAGCUGCUGGCGGCCCUCAGCUACCGCUACAACAACAACGGCGAGUACGAGGAGAGCAGCCGCGACGCCAGCCGCAAGUGGCUGGAGCAGGUGGCGGCCACCGGCGUCCUUCUGCACUGCCAGUCGCUGCUGUCCCCCGCCGCCGUGAAGGAGGAGCGCACCAUGCUGGAGGACAUCUCGGUCACCCUGUCGGAGCUGGACAAUGUCACCUUUGCCUUUAAGCAGCUGGAUGAGAACUGCGUGGCCAACACCAACAUCUUCUAUCACAUUGAGGGCAGCCGGCAGGCACUGAAGGUCAUCUUCUACCUCGACAGCUACCACUUCUCCAAGCUGCCCUCACGCCUGGAGGGUGGGGCCAGCCUGAGGCUGCACACUGUGCUCUUCACCAAAGCUCUGGAGAAUGUGGAGGGGCCGCCUCCCCCAGGCAGCCAGGUGGCAGAAGAUUUGCAACAGGAGAUCAACACCCAGUCGCUGGAGAAGGUUCAGCAGUAUUACCGCAAGCUCAGGGCGUUUUACCUGGAACGGUCUAACCUGCCCACGGACGCCAGCACCACGGCGGUGAAGAUAGACCAGCUGAUACGGCCCAUCAACGCCCUGGACGAGCUCUGUCGCCUCAUGAAGUCCUUCGUCCAUCCCAAAUCCGGCGGCGGCGGAAGCCUGGGUGCUGGUCUCAUCCCCAUCUCCUCCGAACUCUGCUACCGCCUGGGCGCCUGCCAGAUCGCCAUGUGUGGCACGGGCAUGCAGAGGAGCACCCUGAGCGUCUCCCUGGAGCAGGCAGCUGUGCUGGCGAGGAGCCAUGGGCUGCUGCCCAAAUGCAUCAUGCAGGCCACCGACAUCAUGCGGAAGCAGGGCCCCAGGGUGGAGAUUCUGGCCAAAAACCUCAGAAUUAAGGAUCAGAUGCCCCAGGGCGCGCCUCGGCUCUACCGCCUCUGCCAGCCCCCCGUGGACGGAGACCUCUGACCACCAGUUGUCCGGGGUGCGACUGCUCCUUGGAGCCGGAGUGUGGGAGGCCGUGAGGACCACGCCGGCCUUCCCCAGAGCUGGUCGGGCUCUGCUCCCGCCUGCCCGGGGUGUGCCUGGCCUCCCGUGUCCCCUCCCGAGGACAAGCGCUGCCCCACCCUGGGACAAGCUGGCUGAUCGGCGCCGAUGGCACCUCCUUCACACUUCGCUGGAGCCCAAGGAUGCUGGGGACCCACAGUGCUGAAGGGUGCGGCAGGUCCCGGGAUACCGGGACAAGUCCUGGACUCGCCGAUGGAGGCUGCGGGCCCGGCGGCCCGGACGGCUCAGCUGCACUUUGAGGCCCUGGUUCCUCCUCAGUCCACAUUCCAGGUGACCACGUGUCUGCUCCUCUGCCAGCUUCCAGAUUCACCCUAACCCUGUACUAACCUGCUCCGAGGCCCUGGAGAGCCAGGAGAGCCAGAGGACCGGCUCACCGUCUCCACCGGACCUCCGGAGCCACAGCAGCUCCCACACCCCGCCGUGGCAACGGCGUCAGCCCGGACUGGAGCCCUGCUCCGACUUUAUUUAUAGGGUGUGAAAUCUCUGGUUAUUUCAGGAUUUUAUGUUGCUGGUGUUGUCGGCAUUUUGUUCGGGGCUUGUGUGAUUAUAUAUUUGACAUUUUAAAUUUCAAAGAAAGGUAUAUUGUCUAACAGGGGACCAAUAUAAGGCAGUAGUGACAACUUUUCCCAGUUCUACUAAAAAAAAAAAAACUAAAUUAUUGAAAAUU